AUGUAUAAACAAAAGUCCUUAGAAUCAAGAGAUAUAAAUUACAUAUAUGAGAAUUCUUUCGUUUGGGUACAUAUAAAUUCUAUUAAAAAGAAGAACUCUUUAUUAUAUCGAGAGAUUUAUGAAUAUUAUAAAUAUCGAAAUAGUUCUUUUUGUUUUUUUAAAGGGAGUGUGAAAAGAUUUGUUUCUAAAAAUGAAGUAGAAAUAUAUAUAUUUAUAGAUGAUAAUUAUAAUAUAUGCAAAGAUAACUUUAAUUAUAAUAUAAUAGAAAAUGUAAAAUAUUUAUUGCCUAUAGAUACAAAUUUUGGUUGUAGUGAUAAUACACAGUUAAUAUAUUUGAAUUCUCCAAAUUUGUUAGAAAAUAUUUAUCAAAGAUAUAAUAAAGCAUAUAUAAAUAAAGAGAACCGAAAUUGUAUAUAUACAUAUAUAGGUUAUAUCUUAUUGUCUGUAAAUCCAUAUGAAAAUUUUGAUAUAUAUGAUGAAAGUUAUAUGAAAAAAAUAAAAGAAAGAAAUGAUUUAUUUGCUAUUCCUCAUCCAUUUUCAAUAGCCAAUGAUGCUUAUAAUUGUUUAAUUGAAGAUAAGAUAAGUCAAUCUAUAAUUAUAAGUGGAGAAAGUGGAUCUGGGAAAACAGAAUCAUCAAAACAGGUUCUAAAGUAUUUAACUUAUUUGAGUUAUUUUCAAAAAGGAUAUAAGAAAAGGAAAAAGAAAAUUAUUCCAAAUGAAUGUGCUAAUACCGAAUGUGAUGAUAUGAAAUAUGUAGAUAAUAAUAUGAAAUAUAUGGAUGACACUUUUUUGUGUAAUGAUAAAAGAACUGGAUACACCACAAGUGAUAAUAAUAGUCCUCAAGAAGAAAAUGAUACUAUCAAAAAAGGAAAAAAAAUUUAUCAUUAUGAUAAACAUAGUUAUAGUGAUAAUAAUGAUAAUAUAAAAAAUAAUAUAGAUAAAAAAAAAAAUAAUAAUAAUAAAAACAAAAAUAAUAUAAAUAAUAAUAAUUCCAAAAAAAAUAUUCCAAAUAUAAAUUUAAAUUCAGAUGAUUAUACAAAUAUUAUAAAUACUUCUUCGUCUUCCACAUAUGAAGAAAAAAUACAAAAUAGUAAUCCACUAUUAGAAUGUUUUGGUAAUGCAAAAACUAUAAAAAAUGAUAAUAGUAGUAGAUUUGGUAAACUAAUGAAAUUAAAUUAUAACGAAAAAGGUAUAUUAUGUUCUGCUUCCAUUGAAACCUAUUUACUAGCCAAAUCGAGAGUUGUUGAUGUUCCAAAAGGAGAAGGAAAUUAUCAUAUUUUUUAUUCCUUAUGUCAGAAUGAGAAAUUAUCAAAAGAAUUUGAUUUAUUACCAUGGUAUGAAUAUAACUAUCUAAUUGAAGCAGAUAAAAAAGUAAUAAAAAGCAAACACUCAUAUAAUAAUACUUAUGAUAAUAUAUAUUAUAAAAAUGAUAAUGAAAAUACUAAUAAUCUUAUUGAUAAUAAAAAAGAUAGAGUAAAAAGAAAUUAUGAAAAAGAUGAUAAUUAUAAUUUAAAAAAGCAAAAUGAAAAAUCAUAUGAAAAUAACAAAAAAAAUAAAAAAAAAAAUGAUAUUAUAGAUGAUGGUAAUAAUAUGAACACUAAAUAUAAAAAGAACAAAUAUAAGGAUGAUGAUAUAAAUAUGUAUCAAAAAAAUAAUAAGAAGGAGGAAACAGAGAAACCAUUUGAUUCUAUACAGUGGAAAAGUUUAUACAGCUUAGAUUUUAUCAUAAAAUGUUUUAAUAGUAUAGGUGUUCUUCCAAAUGAACAAGAAGAAAUUUAUAAAACUUUAAUAUGUAUACUUCUUCUAGGUAAUAUAAAUUUUGUUGAAAGUGAUAAUGAUCAAGAACCUAUAAAAAUUCAAAAUAUUGAGAUCUGUAAAAAAUUAAGCCAACUCUUAUAUAUUAAAAAUGAUAAUUUAAAUAUUAAUAAAAUUAUCGAAAUAUUGACAAUAAAAAAGGUUAGAGAAACACAAAAAAGUUACACAUACCAACAGGCGAUUUAUAAUCGAGAUGUUAUAUCAAAAAUUUUAUAUCAACUCUUAUUUGAAUAUAUAAUUUUGUGUGUUAAUGAUUCGUUGAAUGCUAGUGAUCAUAAUAUCUAUUCAGAAUCAUCUGAGAGGGAUAAUUCUUUUGAGAAUGAAAACGUGCUCAAAGAAGAUGAAUCAUUUAUAGAUAUGGAUGAAAAAAAGAAGAAAAAGAGAAAGACAUAUAAGAGGAAAACAAAAAAUUUACAUAAACAAAAUGAAUAUGAUAGUGAUGAUAUGGAUGAAAAUAUAAUAAUCAAUAAAAAACUAAAUUUUAUAGGAAUCUUAGAUAUUUAUGGUUUUGAAAAUUUUAGUAAUGAAGGUAUGAAUGGAUUUGAACAAUUAUGUAUAAAUUAUGCUAAUGAAAUAUUACAUGCUUUUUUUUUAAAACAAAUAAUACAUAAUGAACAAAAGAUACAUUAUGAAGAAAAUUUAAGAAUAGAAAAGAUUUCUUAUAAUGACAACAGUAAUGUUAUUAGUCUUAUAGGAGAUACAAAAGAUAUAAGUAUAUAUACUAUAUUAGAAGAUUUAUCUUUAUUAUUUGUAUCUAAUAAAUCUAAUGAAGAUGAUAAUAAAGAUAUAUUCUAUGAGAAGCUUAAUAAAAAUAUAAUAAAUUCAGCAAAAUAUAAAAAUAUUAUUAGGAAUUAUAAGGUAGAAAAUAAAUCUUUUAUUAUAUCUCAUUAUGCAGGUGAUGUCUUAUAUGAUUCUGCAGAUUUUUUCAAUAAGAAUGUUGACAUAUUGACUAGUGAUAUAGAAAUGUUUUUAUCAAGUUGUAAUUAUUUUAUAAGUGAAAAUUUGUUGAAAAAGAAAAGAUUCAGAAAUGGGAAAUAUGAAGCUAUUAAGGGGGGAGAAUUAAAUCCUUCAAAAGGGAAUUAUGAAAAAAUAACAUGUGAUGGGGCGAAAAAAUAUGAUGAUGUGUUGAAACAAUAUGAUGAUGGGGCGAAACAAUGUGAUGAUGGGGCGAAAAAAUAUGAUGAUGGGGCGAAACAAUAUGAUGAUGGGGCGAAACAAUAUGAUGAUGUGGCAAAACAAUAUAAUGGUGGGGACAAUCAUUAUAAUGAUAAGAGCAAAAAAAAUAACAAAAGAAAACUAUCCGUGAAAGAGAUGAUAUCUCAUCAUGAACAUGAGUCAAAAAAUACAAUAUCCUGUUAUAAUAAUAGUAGUAAUAAUAAUUUAUAUAAGAAUAAGGUGAAAACAAUAUUUUCGUCUUUUAAAAAACAGUUGGAAGUUUUAUCAAAUAAAUUAAGUAAGACUUCAUCAAAAUUUAUAAGAUGUAUAAAACCAAAUCAAGAAAAGCAAGCAAAAUUAUUUAAUAAGAAUUUAGUAUUAAGUCAACUAGUUAUGAGUGGUAUGGUUGAUAUUUUAAAUUUAAUGAAGAAUGGUUAUCCUUGCAGAGUUUUAUAUGAUGACAUAUGGAUACGAUAUAGUGGGAUAUUACAAGAAGAUAUGAAAAAAUAUUUAACUCCUAAAAUGUUUUGUAAAAUUGUUUUAAUGUUUUUAGAAAUAAAUUCAAAUGAAUAUACAUUUGGAAAGACAAAAAUAUUUUUUCGUUUUGGUGUAUUAUCUAUUAUUAAUGAAAUAUUAAAUAAAAAUGAAAAGAAGAAAAAUACCUUCAUUCAAUGUGUUUAUAAAUAUUGGCUACAUAUUAGAAAAAGAAGAUUAUUAAAUUUUGUUCUAUUUGGAUGUAGAUUUAAAAUUUUAUUUAAAAAGAGAAGAGCAAAACUUUUAAUGGAAAAUGGAUUGGACUUAUAUAAUGAAUAUUUAUUUAAAAAAAAAUUAGAAUGUAUAGAAAAAAUACUGUUCUUUUAUUUUAAUGUAUAUAAACAAAGAAUUUAUUUCUUAAAAUUAAAAAGUAGUACAUUAAUUAUACAAAAAAAUUAUAGAACUUAUAUCUUAAGAAAAAAAUUUUUAUAUAUGAAAAAACAAAUCUUAUUUAUACAAGAUUAUUAUUUAUUUCAAAAAUAUUUUAAACAAAGAGUUAAAGCAGCUAAUACUAUAAGAAAAAAUUGGAUUAUGUAUAUAACUAAAUAUGAUUAUAAAUAUUUAUUAAAGUGUAUUAUUAAAAUACAAAGAGCAUUUAAAAAAUAUAUGAAAAAAAAAUAUAUACUUUAUUGUUUAAAAAUAGCACAUGUGAAAGACACAAAAAAGAAGAAUAUAUAUCACCAUGCUUUUACAAAAAAUGAAAUAGAAGAAAAAAAAAAAAUUUAUCCAUUAAAUAUAUUAAAAAAGAAUUCUUUUAAUGUUACAGAUCGAAUAGGUUCUUUUAUAUAUGUGCAGACAAGAAAACAUCGCCACACCAUUACAGUGGGAGAUAAGUUUUGUCAACCAUCCAUGAAUAUACAAAAUAGGAAGAAAAGAAAAACAUGGGAUGCAGGGAACAAUUAUUUAAUAUCCCAAUAUAGUACAUCUAGUACAUACAGUUAUUAUAAUGAGAAUGAAAAUAUUAAGAGGCAAUAUCAAAAUAAUAAUAGUAAUGUAAAUACCUUUAAUGAACAUAUAAAUGGGAGGAAAAGAAAAAAUAGCAAUAUUGAAGAUAAACCUAUUAUUAGUGUAGGAAAUAUUGUAAAAAAUGAAAGAAACAAAAUAAAAAAUAUACAGAAAAGUACGAAAAAUAUUAAUAAAACUAAAGCAAAGAAUAAAUUUCGAUUCAGUAAUUUGAGUAUAUGUAGUGGUACUAUUAAUACGGAUAGGAAAAAUAUUAACUACAAAAAUGACAUGCUAAGCCUUAAUAAGAAUAAGAUGAAAAGGAAAACUUAUAACCAUGCAAAUAACAGAAAUGAAUUUGUUUCAAGUUAUAAAAGAGAGAAAAACAAAGUUUCCAAUCAUAUAAAAAAUACAAUAUAUGAUAGAUAUAUUCAGAAAUAUAAACAAAAUCAUAUGUGUCCACAAAAAGAGAAGAAAAAAAAAUCCAUAUAUAUUAGAGGAAAUUAUAGUAAUAUCAGUAAUAUAUAUAGUGUAUAUAAACCUACAAAGGAAGAGGUGUUGGAAGAACAGUACGAUUUUGACUUGACGGAUGUGCUUAUAAUUCCAGAAGAUUUUCAUGUUACUCAAACUAAAAUACCUGAACCGGAUAUUAAUCUUAUGAACAAUGAAAAUGAUAUUUUAUUAAACCACUUUUUAGAUACUAAUCUUGAUUCAAAAAUACCAUUAAUUGAAUUAAAAAUGUUCAAAUGUUGCUAA